UGAAUUAAGAUAUCGGACAUCAGGAAAAUUCUAGCAAACACUAAAAACUUUAUUCAGACCUCAAAUUACCUCAAUGAAUUUUCCUACAGCGAAUUACAAGCGGAAUGAAAUACCAAAUCUACGUUAUCAUUCUCCUUGUUACAUUCGAUCUGACCGGGGGAGUCAUCAAUUUGGACGAUGAGGAGUUUUUUGGUGAAAUGGCAGACAGAUACAACUGGCCAAAUCAUCCGUGUCGGCGUAUUUGCAGUUACAAUGAUGUGCCGCGACAUUGCUUCUACACCCUCGUCAUUGAAGAAUUCAGCUCCAUGAGUAAAGCUUGUCACAAUUGUCCGUUCAACGUCACCGACUGCUUCAGACCUCAUUGUAUGCCAACCGAUGGCAAACAGAAACCACUCUACGUCGUUAAUCGACAGUUGCCUGGUCCGCUUAUCGAAGUUUGCAUCAACGAUAUCAUUGUGGUAGACGUGAGAAACCGAAUGUUGUCUGAGAGUACGGUGAUACACUGGCACGGCUUCAAACAACGUGGAACUCCGUAUAUGGACGGAGUUGCCUACGUAAAUCAGUGCCCGAUUUUACCGGGAACUGACUUUCGAUAUACUUUCAGAGCUAGCGAUCCUGGGACAUUUUUUUAUCAUUCCCAUAUAGGAUAUCAGAGGGCCGAUGGUCUUUUUGGUCCGAUAGUUGUCAACAAAAUGAUAAAUGAAGAUCGAAUGGCAAAUCUUUACGAUAACGACGAUCUUUACAUAAUGAUUCAUGACUGGUCGCACAAAACAGGUGAUGUCGGCGCUGUGGAGCAAUUUUAUGUCACUGCAAGUGUUGCUCCGACUACUAUGCUUAUCAACGGUUUAGGAAGGUUUCAACAGUUCCAAAGUGCUGAUGGAAAAAUGUUCUACAGCCCCGUAGCAGUUUUCAACGUUUCGCAAGGUGUUAGGUAUAGAAUUAGAUUAAUCAACUCAGGUGCUGAAGAUUGUCCAAUGAAGAUGUCCGUUGAUAGUCAUAGCUUACUUGUUAUCAGUAUGGACAGUAACGAUAUUGAACCUGUCGAAGUCGAUGCAAUCACUACAUGGUCGGGCGAAAGAGUAGAUUUCAUUUUGAACGCUAACCAACGACCAGAUAACUACUGGAUCAGAGUCAGCGGAUACGGAGUCUGUUCGAAUACCUCGGCUCAUCAAGUAGCUAUACUUCGAUAUUAUGGGGCACCUUUCGAAGAUCCCAUGGGAGUAGUAGGCUAUGACUUACCGCAAAACAAUAAAGAACGUAUACUGAAUCCAUACAACGUGGGUGUGGAAGUCAAAUCGAAGGAAAACGUGUAUCUUCCUGAUCUGAAGUCUAUGGAUCCUAAUGAUCAUUCAUUGAGAAAAUAUGUCGAUCAGCAGAUUUAUAUUAAGCUCGAUUUUUACAAUAUUGACAAUUAUGAUUUUGCAAGAAAGGAUCUUUAUGGAUUUAAUCAAGUUCCGUACAGCCGUUGGAUGGGAACUUUUCAAUUGAAUCACAUAAGUUUGAAAUUACCACCUGUUCCUCUAAUGUCCCAAUGGAAUAUGUUAGAACCGAACGAUUUCUGCAACGCAGAAAAUCCUCCUAAACGCGUGGAUUGUAUGGAUGAGACUUUGCAGUGUGCUUGCACUCAUGUGAUAUCACUCCGAUUGAACUCUGUUGUUGAAUUAAUUUUUGUUAACGGAGAUUCUCAAGGUAACGAGUUUAUAGCAGCUCAUCCCAUGCAUUUACAUGGACACUUCUUCCGCGUGGUUGCCAUUGAAAAUCUAGAAGGAAACGUGACGGUUGAGCAAGUGAAGCAAUUGGACAGAGAAGGUAAAAUUAAAAGAAUACUUGAUCGUGCACCCAUUAAAGAUACGAUCAAAGCACCAUCGGGUGGAUACACUGUCGUGAGACUUUUCGCCGAUAAUCCUGGAUACUGGUUGUUCCAUUGCCACUUUGAGCAACACAGUAAUAUUGGCAUGGCACUGAUUUUCAAAGUUGGCGAGCACGAAGAAUUUCCAAAAGUACCGUACAAGUUUCCGCGAUGUGGAAAUUAUCUUCCGCGGGCGAUGUAAUCACGUUAAAUUUAUUGUUUUGCAAAAAAGCUUUUCUUUUUCUUAAGCAAGUGCCAAGUGUUGCA